GCUUCCUCUCUCUCUCUCUCUCUCUCUCUCUCUCUGCCUCUCUCUCUCCGCAGUGUGGAAGGGAAUCAGCUGAAACCUUACAUUUCCCUGCAAACACUGGACCUGAGUUCCAAUAACAUCACUGAAGUACGAAACACUUGUUUUCCUCAUGGACUGCACAUAAAAGAACUCCACCUGGGGAGCAAUCGCAUUAGUUCCCUGGAGCCGGGAGCAUUUGAUGGCCUCUCCCGGUCCCUGCUCACCCUCCGCCUGAGCAAAAACAGAAUCACCCAGCUUCCUGUCAAAGCCUUCAAGCUGCCCCGGCUGACACAACUGGAGCUGAACCGGAAUCGAAUUCGCCUUAUCGAGGGGCUGACUUUUCAAGGGCUUGAUAAUUUGGAUGUGUUGAAGCUGCAACGCAAUAAUAUUAGCAAGCUGACAGAUGGGGCUUUCUGGGGUCUGUCCAAGAUGCAAGUAUUGCACCUGGAAUACAACAGCCUCACGGAAGUAAACAGCGGCUCGCUCUACGGCCUCACUGCCCUGCACCAGCUUCACCUGAGCAACAACUCCAUCUCGAGGAUUAACCGGGACGGCUGGAGCUUCUGCCAGAAGUUACACGAACUGAUCCUGUCCUUCAACAACCUCACCCGACUUGAUGAGGAGAACCUCGCUGACCUGAGCAGCUUACAGAUCUUGCGUCUGAACCACAAUUCUAUCAACCACAUUGCAGAAGGCGCCUUCAAGGGACUCAAAAACUUGCGGGUCUUGGAUCUGAACCAUAACGAGAUUUCGGGCACAAUAGAAGACACCAGUGGGGCGUUUACGGGACUAGACAGCCUGAACAAGCUGACUCUGUUUGGAAACAAGAUCAAAUCCGUGGCCAAGAGAGCGUUCUCAGGGCUGGAAGGCCUGGAGCACCUGAACCUUGGAGAAAAUGCAAUAAGGUCCAUCCAGUUUGAUGCUUUUGCUAAGAUGAAGAAUCUUAAAGAGCUCCACAUCAACAGUGAUAGUUUCCUGUGUGACUGCCAGCUGAAGUGGGUGCCUCAGUGGUUAAUGGGGAGAGGCCUCCAAACGAUGGUCGUGGCCACCUGUGCUCACCCCGAGUCCCUGAAGGGCCAGAGCAUUUUUUCCGUGCCACUGGAGAGUUUUGUGUGUGAUGAUUUUCCAAAGCCCCAGAUCAUCACUCAGCCGGAGACGACCAUGGCGGUGGCAGGCAAGGACAUUCGCUUCACGUGCUCGGCUGCCAGCAGCAGCAGCUCACCGAUGACAUUUGCCUGGAAGAAGGACAACGAGGUCCUCCCCAACGCUGACAUUGAGAACUUUGCCCACGUCCGGGCCCAGGGAGGGGAGGUCAUGGAGUACACCACCAUCCUGCAUCUCCGCCAGGUCGCCUUUCGCCAUGAGGGACGGUACCAAUGUGUGAUCACCAACCACUUUGGCUCCACCUAUUCUCAGAAGGCCCGACUCACAGUGAAUGUGUUGCCCUCGUUCACUAAAAUGCCUCAUGACAUUGCCAUCCGGACGGGCACCACCGCGCGCCUGGAAUGUGCUGCCAAUGGACACCCCAACCCCCAGAUCGCCUGGCAGAAGGACGGCGGCACCGACUUCCCAGCUGCCCGGGAGCGUCGCAUGCUUGUCAUGCCAGACGAUGUUGUCUUUUUCAUCACUGAUGUUAAGAUUGAUGAUGCGGGAGUUUAUAGCUGCACAGCCCAGAAUUCGGCAGGCUCCGUGUCGGCCAACGCCACCCUCACAGUUUUAGAAACUCCAUCCUUAAUGAUUCCUUUAGAAGACCGUGUGGCAGCUGUUGGAGAAACCGUGGCUCUUCAGUGCAAAGCGCGCGGAAGCCCCCCACCCCGAAUCACGUGGCUGAAGGGCGAUCAGCCCGUGAACAUCACGGACCGCCACCACUUCACUCCUGGAAACCAGCUGCUGAUCAUCCAGAGUGUGGUGCCGGAGGAUGCCGACAGGUACACGUGUGCCAUGUCCAACACCUUAGGGACAGAACGAGCCCACAGCCAGGUGAGCGUCCUACCUACGCCGGGCUGCAGGAAAGAUGGAACCACCGUGGGCAUUUUCACUAUCGCAGUGGUGUGCAGCAUUGUGCUGACUUCACUCGUCUGGGUCUGCAUCAUCUACCAAACCAGGAAAAAGAGCGAGGAAUAUAGCGUAACCAAUACAGAUGAAACCAUUGUACCGCCUGAUGUCCCAAGUUACCUGUCUUCUCAGGGGACGCUCUCAGAGAGACAAGAAGCAGUGGUCAGGACCGAGGGGGGCCAUCAGGGAAAUGGACACAUAGAAAGUAAUGGUAUUUGUCAGAGAGAUGCAGGACUGAAUCCAGAUGUUGACGUUCAUGGGCCUGCUUACAGGCAGCCAAAACUAUGUAUUGGACAUAAUAAAGAAGUAUGGAAAGUGGCUGAUGGAGUAUUUAGUCCAGAUAAAACAGGAUAUGGCACACCAGCCGUAUGCAGUGACUUCAGUGAAAAUGUCACCAGUUAUUCCAAGGACAAAGACUCCUAUCCUCUGCCUAAUACACACCCAAGUCCACGGAGUAGCCAAGAGCCCAGUAAGAGUGAACAAGAACAUCCCCUGCUGCAUCAGGCAGUCCCGCCCCAGAGCAAUGGCGCUCUUGCUGGCCCACACCCAGAGGACAGUGGAAACUCUCUCUACCCCAGUAAUCAUGAUAGGAUGUCAGUAUCCAGUGUCCAAAAGCUAUCGCCUCUUGACCAUAAUGGAGGCUCUUUAAACGAUUUAGGAAAAUCUUCCGAGUCUGAGUCUGUUGUCUUGCACCCUUUGUCUUUGGGGAAGAGAGGGGUGGCACUUGCGGGAGUUUCCAAUGCCUCCUCCAACUUCCCAGAACUCACUGGCAAUGAGGCCCAGGCCAAGCCUGCUCUUCCCAAUGGACACUUGCCCAAGCCCCGUGACUCUAGUCACGAGCCUGCAGCACUGCAAGGAAGCUUCCGUGUACAGAGAAAUGUGCCAUUACUUUUUGUACCAAAUAUCUAGGUCAUGGCUACCUCAGCUCAUGAACCCUCAUCAGUCUUGCACAAGAAAGAGAGGCCUGAGACAUGCAUCCCUGAAUUUGUACAGAACUGAAAACUGCGGUGCAGAGCGUCAGAAGCUUCCAAGUAGAUUUUGCGUCUGAAGCACACACAUGCAAAAGACUAUUAUGUACAAAAGGAAGACAAAGUAUUUGAUACAACUGUACAUAAGAGUUUUCAUAUAUAUUAUAUAUAUAAAUAUAUCUUUUACAGAGGCUAUUUUAAUCUUUAGUGCAUGAUGGUUAAAGGAGUGAAAUCUUACAGUUUGGGCAAUACUGUUUUCCAUACCAGGUUGCUGUUAAAUUUUUUUUGGGAAAAAUAAUCCUGGUGCCUUAAUGCAUGAAUGAAACUUGCAUCAAUGAAAACCACAUUUGUUUCAAAGUAUUGGUUGGAUUGUUGAGCGCCAACCUCCCCUACCUUGUAUUGCACAUCAGAGGGUCAAAUGGAAAGGACACCACUUGAGUAAAAUGAGCAGGGGGGAGCUGCCCUGUGACUCACUACAGAAGGGUGAAUUCACUCCAUUCAGAAAUGGCAUUUUUCUUUUUGUAGAGGCCAUUUUAUAUGUGUUUCUCAGUGCUGUAGCCCAUCUGAAAAGCCACCUUAUACAUGGAUGGAUAAACAUGGCACAGGGUAUACAGUAAAGAAGGGAAUGACUAGGGCCAGCGGUUCAUAUGUUUUCCCUGUGAUACACACCCUAAAUGACUGAGCCCACCAGGGAACUGUCCCUGCCUUUCAUUGUGAUCAUCAUGAUGUCAAGUUGCCACAGGGGAAAGUUAUUUUUUUAAACAUCCUUGUUAAGAAACCAUUUGACACUGCCUUGAAAUUUACCCCAUAAAUGCAACCUAAAAUGGUGGGGAACAAAUCCAUUGGCGUCUACAGAGAUCAAGAAUUGUGCUUGGCAAGUAGCUCCUUGUGUAAGUGGGCUGUUUGGUCUCCAAGUUCACCGUAAAUAAAACAAAUGUGGUGGAAUAGAUCAGUAUCUUAUGAUCUCGAUAUGAAUCUAUUUUUAUUUAUAUAAAAGCUGCUUUGGUUGGUGUUGGUACCUGUGGACGAUUUUUCACUAUUUUAAUUUUAGUUUUGCUAAUAUAAGAUCGGGCAGCUAGGUGGCACAGUGGAUAGAGUACCUGGCC